AUGGAUUUACAGCCAACGCGACAAUUGGAUUAUUUACAACGAACACUUUCAAUAUUUUUGACAAAUUCAUCUGAUAUGUCCGAACAAUUGGAAUCAUUGAUCGAUGAACUUAUUCAAGAAAAUAAACAAAUUAAUAAAUCACCAAAGAGUUCUCCUGAACCUAUAAUAACAGAUUUUAAAUCUGAAGUAUUAUCUACAACAACUUCACCUCAACCGUUACCUAAAAAACGUUCAGCACCGUUAGCAGCAAAUUCUAAACCGCCGCCAUCAAAACGUUUAAAGACUUUAACAAGUAAAGAAGAUGAUGAAAGUUCGAAAAAGAAAACUAUACAAGUAGAAGAAAAAAAUGAUAAAGAUGAUGAUAUAUAUGAUGAUGAAAAUGAUAGUGAUGAUAUUAAAGUUAAACCUUCAGAAUCUCAGACAAAUCCAUCAACAUCAUCGUCUCGUGAUAUUGAUGAAUUUGCAAUUGAAUUAGGUCUUGUGUGUUUCAAAUGCAAGUUACUUGCCGAAGAAAAAGAUAAUCGUCUGGUUGAAUGCCAUGAAUGUCAUAAUAAAUAUCAUCAAAAAUGCCAUAAACCACUAGUUAGUACAGCUGAUAUUAGUGAUCCUCGAUGUUUAUGGUAUUGUUCAAAAUGUCGAAAAAUAAUUAAUAAAAGACAACAAUCGCAAUCUUCACUUAAAGAAACUAAAGUAACUAGUAACUCUUCUUCAUCAACUACUAAGUCCAAAACUAAUGAAUCACCACUAUCUACUGCGAAAAAGAGUAUACCAAGCUCAAUUUCCGAUGUAUCUACUGGAUUGUUUUCAUUUAAACCAAAGUCAUCUGAGUCGAUUACAUCAGAUAAUUCAAUCUCGAAUAAUCCAUCUAUAUCAAAUUCAAAUUCUUCGUUAACUAAUGGUACAACUACAAAAAAUACAAAUGGAUGGGCUUCAUUAGCAACUGGAUUUAAAGAAAAAAAAACUACAACUGAAUCAACUAAUUCUUCAGCAACAUCAAUUCUUGCUGAAUUAACAGCAUUAACGUCAUCAACUAAUAGUAAUAAUACUAAACAUUCACCACCAUCACCUAAAUCAUUGACAUCAACAUCACUUAAUCCUCUAUUAAAACAAUCAAUAAAUAAUAAUAUCGGUACGACUAGUACAACACUAUUAAAAAAUACCAAUCCAUCAAUAAAAUAUAAUAUACCAUCUUCACCUCCGGUAUUGAAAACACAAUUAUCAUCAUCAAAAUCUACACAAAAAUUAAUAUCAACAACUAAAAAUCUUCAAAGAAUUAGUUCACCGACACCACUCGGUCGACAAACAUCUAUUAUUAAAUCUCCUCCAUCAGCAACUACUCCAGUCUAUAAUCGUUUAAAUAGUUCGGGUAGUAAUAGUUCAGGGAGUAAUUCUCCAUCAUCAACUAGUACAAAUGCUAAAAUAGCAACUGGUUUCGAUUUUGAAAAACGUUUAAAACAAAUGAAAAAAAUGGCUGCAGAAAAAAAAAGAAAAGAAAAAGGUAAAUAA